GCUGAAUAUGUUUAGAGGACAACAUACCCUCAGCUCAUUUUCUAGGUUGAAUUUGCUGGGUUUACAUCAUGUCAUAUAUGUCAUAACACAAUAAAUUAUGCUUACCUUUAAUAAAUACCUGCCUGUGGCUAUUUACAUAUGGAUUUUGGGAUCCUCUCUCAAUUAUGCAGAUUUUGGAGACAUUUUUUAUAGAGUUUAUCUCAAUCUAACAAUGAGUGGAAGCAUCACAGACCCUCAACACACUAUACAGCAAUGGCUUCAGCAGACACUGGGAAAAUGCAGCAUGCACAUUUGGAAUCUUGAGAUAAAAGAAGCUCCUAAUUACGUCACUACUUUUCAAGUUCAGGCUAUGGUGCCAGUGAAUAUCUCAGCAACAGAGAGGCUGAUUUUUAAACUCUUGACAAAAGGAUACACUAAUGCCACCAUCAGUAUCAGUGUCCCGUCUGGUGGAGUCAACAUCAUGCAUAAAGAUCCAGGCCUUUGUCCAGAGGAGACCAUGCUUACAGUGUAUGGCAUUUAUGUGUGGCAUGAAAUGACUGCUCAAAGCGAGUGUACCAUGGGGUGUUUGAGAGGGAAUGAAAGUGCUACAAGGUUUUGUAAGUUAAAUGGGUCAACUGACAGAGCAGCGUGGGAUCAUCCAGACUUGAGCAAGUGUACAAGGACGGUUUCAGAUUUUGAGGAUUUGGAAAAUAUCACAGUUACAGCUGACAACUCAGCAGACAUUGUGGACAUGAUUGAGGAUCUUUUAAAUGAACAAACCGAUCUAAAUGAUGCUCAGCUGGACAUUGUGCUUGAAAAACUGUCUGAGGUCACUGAGAUCGGAACCUUGACCACAGACCUGUCCAGCGACAUUACUAAAAUUGUUUCAGGAAUCUGUUAUAUCAAAACUAGACCCACCCAAGUCAACAAGAUUCUUUCCAUUACAGACCUUAUGGGAGACAGGACGGUGUUCGAGGGAGAUGCUUGUAACAUGACAGCACCUUCAUUGGCACUUCAACUGAUCAACCCUGACACCUCUCAGUUCCACGGCCUCACAUUCGGGGUGUCCUCCUUACUGAAUGAUAGCACCCCUGAGAUAUUUUAUGACAAGAACUUUACAGAGCAUCCAGACACAGGAACUGUAGCAUUCAUUGCCUUACCUCGUACAAUUGAAAGCUUUUUCCCGAACAAUGGAGAAAGACCUCGUGUACAGUUUCAUUUUUAUGGCACAGAAAAGUUCUUUGAGGACCCUACAGCAGACAUGAAGCUGAACUCUUAUGUAGUAUCUGCCAGUGUCACCAAUGCCACAGUAAGCAACCUUGAGAUCCCAGUGAUGCUCACUCUCCGCCAUCUCCAAAACAAAGAGGACUGGGAUAUUGUCAAGUGUGUCUACUGGGACUUCAACCAAAAUGAUGAGAAAGGUGGAUGGAAUGAUACUGGAUGUGACACAGUGACGUCUAAUGCCACUCAUACGUCCUGUUCCUGUGAUCACCUCACACAUUUUGGAGUUCUUCUGGAUAUCUCUAAAACCCCAAUAAGUGCAAAGGAUGAAAAGAUUCUGACUAUCAUGUCAUACGUGGGCUGUGGUAUAUCCUCAAUCUUUCUUGGAGUCACACUGUUGACCUAUUUGGCCUUUGAGAAACUGAGGCGAGACUACCCUUCAAAGAUCCUUAUUAACCUCUCCGUAGCCUUGCUAGGGUUGAACAUGCUCUUCCUGGUGAACUCCUGGCUUGCCUCUUUUAACAGCAAUGCCAUCUGUAUAACAGUAGCAGCCUUUUUACAUUACUUUUUCCUGGCUACCUUUACUUGGAUGGGACUGGGUGCAAUCAACAUGUAUCUGGCCUUGGUCAAGGUCUUUAAUUCAUAUGUGCCAUCUUACAUCCACAAAUUCUGUGCUCUUGGAUGGGGUUUACCUCUGCUGGUUGUAAGUUUAGUGCUUGCCAUUGAUAUAAAUUCAUAUGGCACCAGCCUCUCCAGAUCCACUGCAUUUUGCUGGUUAAAGAAUGACGUGACCUUUUAUGUGACGGUGGUUUCCUUCGUGUCCCUGGUCAUGAUCUGUAACAUCUCCGUGUUUGCCGUGGUGCUGGUACAGAUCCAUAAAAUGCGAGCCAAUAAGCCCUCCAGCAGCCGAAAAGGGUUCCUGCAUGACCUGCGAGUGGUGGCCAGUCUCAGCUUCCUGCUGGGACUCACCUGGAUACUAUCCUUUGGUGCUUGGGGGCCGGCCAAAACACCCCUGCUGUACCUGUUCUCUCUCCUCAACAGUCUUCAAGGUUUCUUUAUCUUUCUGUUUUACUGUCUGAUGAAAGACAAUGUAAGGAAGCAGUGGAGGAUACAUCUGUGCUGUGGAAGAUUCAGACGGACUGAAUAUUCAGACUGGAGUCAUUCUGUGACACUGGGGGCCAAAGCGAAAGGUGUUCUACAAAUCUCCUCACCGUCUAUGAAGACAGAGACUACCAGCGAAAUGAAGAGCUCUGAUACCUCAAUCUCAGGGACCAGCCACGAUGGUGUUUUUCCAACACGGGACAGAAAAACAAUAAAAUAAAAUGUGUAUUUAAUUUCUUUUUGUGUUUAUGUAAAAAGAGUCUUUGGAAAUUUCCAGCAGAAAAUAAUGAAAAGCUUCUUUAAUUUUUGUUUUGUUUAUGUCAUUGAUAAAAAUUGUUUCAAUGAUUUAUUUCUUCCAGAGAGAUGAAUUAAUGAGGUCAUCUGUUGAAAUGUGUUAUGUCUGGUGUCAUUUAAGCGACUGAUAUCUGUAGACAUUGGUAUAAUGACAGCACAUUUUUUUAUUUCAAGUAUAGUCAUUUUUGCUUCAGACUAUCAGUAUAUAUAUAUAAAAAAUACUAGCAGCUUUUCCCCCCUUAUCAGUGUUAACGACAAUGUCAACGGGCAAAUGAAGUAAAACAACAUUAGCUCUGUCAGUGUCUUUUUCCCCAGAGAUGACAGUUAAACUUGUUCAGUCACAUUCUACUCGAACUGGUUGAAGUUCACAGAUUAACGCCCCACAUUUAAGGGCACAAAGUGAAGUGGUUUCUUUUAGUCGAACUUCUGAAAGGCAAACGAUUUAACGAACUGCAGCUUGUUCAAAUCUCGCGCACGUGCGGAUAUUUCUCCUGUAUCAAUGUAAUUGUUCGGGUUGCAGCGUCUGAUUAAACACUCGAGAUUUCACGGCUUGUACGAUCAGUGAUGGAGGACGAUCUAGGGAACCCUGUGGCUAAGAAGACUGCGGAGGAGUCCAGUUGUGUCCUUCUCACUUACUUCAAAGGAGACAUCAACAGCAUGGUGGAUGAACAUUUCUCCCGUGCUCUGAGUCAAGCAGCAAAACCGAAGGGAGAGUGCUCAGAAAUCAAAAGAAACCGUAAAUUUGCUCAAACAAAUGGACUUGGUUCAAGUCAAUGGGAAGCACAGUCACAAACCAGGUUUCAGCCCUUGUAUCCUCCAGAACAUCUCCGGUUAGGAGCAAGCAGCGAGUCUCAAUCAAACCAUCAUAUGCCAUCGAGUCACACUGCAAACAGUGCUGCUCUGUGGUCAGGAGAUUCUAGGCAGGGAUUGAGUCUCGCUCUGCCCCCCAUGAUGCCUUACACCUCGGCUGUAUCCUCUGAUGGUUUGAUGGUGGCAGAACACCAGUACUCUAAUUCUCUGUUAAACAUGCUCCACAACGAUCACCCUGACAUGGGCACAGUGGUGCUAUCCUCCUCCAAACAAGACCUCAUGUCUGGAUGGACCAAGUACCCAGGAUUUGGCAAUCAGAUGAAUUGCAAUAUCAAUCUUAACUCUGGUGUACAGGGGAUUGAAAAAAAGGAUCUUUAUUGGUAUUAACAAUGUUAUUUGAGAUUUAAAAGGAAGAACAAAGAAGUCUUUCAUCACUUUUCUUGUUUAACUGGACCCUGCGAUGCUUCUCCUGUAGGCGUCUUUACAUCCAACCUGUUCAGAAACAAGCUCUUCAUGUACCAAAGCACAGAAGAAGAUUGUACAAGAGAUUGGCCUCAGGCUCUAUAUGGUUAAAGACGUUUUACACACACACAGAAACACACACUACAUUUUUUUUCCCUUUAUUAUUAUUUGUAGAGUGUCAGGUGGAGUUUGUUAUUGUUGUAUUUUUUAAAAAAAUUUUAUAGAAAUCUCCUAAUAGACUUUUUGUCUUAAAGCUAUUUUUGUUGCAUUUAAUUUGUCAGAUAGGCUGCUCUGGGUCUAAAUAACUUUAAGUGAUUUGAAAAAUUAUUACAAACAUAAUUACACAAAGAGAUGUAUAAAUGUACAAAACCUAAAAGUAUAAAGAGGUUUUAUAUGGGCUUUAUUAUAAGUGAAGGGAACAUUACACAACUUGUCGAUGCCAUCAAUUCAGCUGCUUUACG